AUGGCAACAACAUUACCACCCAUCAACAAGAAUAAAAACCAGAAUAAUGGCAGAAGCAGAAGAUCUUCUGAAUAUGCAGGCUUUUCUCAGACAUCUUUUAAGACUGAGCCGGACAAACUGCCCAUUGAGAAAAUUAAUGAUCUUCGGAGUGAACUGCCCCUCCUGAAGAAACAUGACAUUGCAAAGUUUCGAAACUCAUACAAUCACAACCUGUGUCUGGAUAUGCUGACUGAUGGGUUUCACAUGUCCUUUUGUGAGCUGAUUAUGCUCAUUCGACAGCAGGUGGAGGAGCGAGACGCAGCAGGACCAGAGUCUUUUCUGUGGACUCGGCCACUGAUAAGAGACCAGGCGUCAAAGCUGGACACUUUGAAGCUUCUUUUGACCAAAGCAGAACAAGCCAGUCGAUUAGAAAAUAUUGAGGAAGAAUACAGGGCACGGUUUGAGCUUGCACAAUCUUUUAGAAAGGAUCCAAAUGACCAGUGGCUAGUGGAACACUUCUUCGGCACUUGCCUAGAGGUGGCCAAGAAACAAGGCAAGGAGACACAGAUGCUUGCAGAAGGACAUUGCAAUGUUGGACUGUUUCUUCAGAAUAACAAAAAUCACAAAGAAGCUGUCAAACAUUUUGAGGCUUACCACAAACUGGCAAAAAAUCACAGACACUGGAAAAGAUUCGACAAUAUGACGUUCUACAAAGACUCGUGUGUUAAGUUAUACCACAUCUACACGAUUUUUGGCUUAGAGCUGGGCAGAAGCAACGACGAUGAGGACAAGACAGCUUCUUUGACAAUGUUGACAGAAGCUUUGGAGAUGGCAAAGAACAGUGGAGACAAGAAACUGGAAGGCGAGGCUUCCUACACUCUGGGGUUGGCUUAUCAAAAAGCUAACAAGCUGGACACAGCGCAGUCUCUGCUGUUAAACUUCUAUGAAUCUUGUCAAGGAGACAGUAACAGUGAAGGUAUUGGAAGAGCUUGUGAUGCCAUUGCCAAAAUUUAUGCCAGACAGGGCAACAAGGAGAAAAGUGUAGAGUUUUUAAAACGUUUUGUGGAGCUCACAGAAAAGACUGGAUUGGAAAAAGAAUAUUGUUUGGCAUGCCACAAUUUAGGAAAUGUCUGCAACUCUGUGGGCAACUACGACGAAGCCACAGAAUACUUCAGCAAAGCAUACAAUAUUUCCCGGGCUCUCAACGACCAAGAAUCAACGAACACUAACAGAGUGCAGUAUGGGAUUGCUAUGGCUCACAGAAUGAUGGGAAAAUUUGCUAACCAUAUUGUUGUGGGUGACAGCACAUGCAUGGUUCGCCUGCUGGACUGGAAGAGUGUGAGGACAGACGAAUUUAACAAACAAAUACCUGACACAGCCCCUGGUGCUGCCUAUCACACGUUGUUGCCCCCACCUGUGGACCCAAACAUGAAACGUCUGGAGAUUAUUAUAGAUGGUGUCAGUGAGGAAGAAGUGGACAUCAACUUUAAAGAUGAAGGAGAAGAAUUACCAAGCAAUGUUGUGUCAGCAGAAUAG